UUUAGAUAACUACCUAAAGUCACAUCCGCCCUUCUCUGUGUGUGCUUUCCCCUCGCUUCCCCUAGGGAGAUUGCAUUGGUCUGUUUCGACGUGCGGCUUUUAACGUGUAAAACGUUGGAGUUGAAGAGUUAUUAAGUCUCUGCCACACUGGAACUGCUGCUAAUCCUGCAUCUCCCCCUCAGCCCACCAGUAGCCAGCCCUUCCAACUGCAUGCCAAUCCACAUGGCAUCACGGUACCAACGUCGCCUGUGGCGCUAUGUAAAUGCUGGCCGUCGCCGCAAACUGCACAGACUCUUGAAGCAUCAUCGGAAAGCACUGGACCUGAGUGAGGCUGUGGGGCACAAGAACCGAACCCCUUUGCACCGAUCCUGUGCCCGGCUGGACUACAAAACUGUUGUCCUCUUGCUGGAGUAUGGAGCAGACCCCUCCAUCCUGGACCAACAAGGGGACACUGCCCUACAUGUGGCUGCCCGGCAUGUUGCACGCAAAGGAGGCACUGCAUAUGAAGACCUGUUUGUUCCUUUGCGAAACCGUUGCCCCUCUGCCAUGAGUAUCAGAAACAGAGAUGGAAAAACACCGGGGGACCUGCUGGGACAAACAAAAGAGAAAUGGUGCCCUCAGGAGUUGUUGGAAGAGAGGGAGACAGAACGUGAUGCUGACAGAGAGUGGAAUCGCAAACUUCUUGGCGAGUGGGAGGACGAGAAUCCAGAGACCUGCUGGCAGUACGAAGAGGAUUUCUACACCACCAGCCCAGACCCAGAAUCCUAUGAAGAAUGGUUUGAUCGCAUAGCCCAGGAGUACAGGCAAAAGCGCAGGCGAGUGGAGGAAAAACCCCAGCAGAAACCUAAAACUGAAGCACAAAAGCCUUCCCUCAAAUUGCGCCCCCUAGAGGAGGAGCAUCUACUGUAUGAGAAACGGGCCCGAGCCAAAGAAGCAGAGCUGAAGGAGGCCAAGAGACAGCGCUACGAGGAAGGCUGCAGCCGGGUCUUCUCCACUGACAGUUCAUGUCCUUUGCGUUAUGUGGACAUUCCCUGGCCCUGCCCGAAAGGAACUCCUGAGGAGAUGGCGGCAGUGGCAGUUCACGGCGCCAACCCAUCGGACAGAGCCGCGUACCGGCGCUUCAUCCGGCGGCAGCAGGCUCUCUGGCACCCGGACAAGUUUGCCCAACGCUGUGGCACUCGCUUAGCCGAACAGGAUCGGCGCCGGAUCUUGGACACCGUCACUGCAUUGUCUCAAGCUUUCAAUCGACUAGCUGAAGCUGCCAAAUGACUCUUUGCUGUAUGUGAAUAAAGUUUUCUCCCUCCUGGAA